AGGUAAAAGUAUAUAAGGACCCGACUCACUCUAUAAAGUUCAUAUCAUUUCCGUUUCAACAAAAGUCGGUUUCAUGUGGACAGCUGAGGAAGCCUUAGCCGGAUUUUAUUCAUAUAAAUAGUUCAUUUCUAUACAAAACUUGUGGCCAAUUUAAUCACUUUUGUCGUGAAAAUGGAUUUGCAAACAAAAAAGUAUUUACUUUUCGCUUCUAUCACGGGAACAAUUGGAGUUUUGUACUUAAACCGGAGUUUUUUAUAUUCGCUAAGACAAAGGUUUUUGGCGAGAACUUUUCAAAAGGAGAAGAAAGGGCACGGCCACUCACACGGUCACAAGCAUGGUUCUCACUCCUCAUUUAACAUGGAUGAUCUGAAGGAUACCUUAUUUCGUCACUUGGGUCCAAUAUUGGCGGAGUGCAAGGUAUCCAACGUACCUGAACUUAAAUCUGGACAUGACGGUAUUCGCAUUGUGGAAAUUGGAGUUGGGUCAGGAACCAAUUUUAAAUAUUUUCCAACCAAAUGUUUGUUUAUUGCCGUUGAUCCAAAUCCAUUCUUUGAAAACGAUGUGAAAGAAAAUCUGAGCAAGUAUCCUGGAGUCAAACUGGAACGCCGUCUCAUCACCGGAGUCGAAGAUAUGAGUGAAAUUCCUGACGGUUCGGUCGAUGUACUUGUCGGAACUAUGGUAUUUUGUCAAGUGAAGGAUAUCGAGAAGACGUUUAAGGAAAUUUUACGAGUUCUUGUCCCAGGUGGCAAAUUCUACUUCAUGGAUCACCUCGCCGCAGACAAAGGAUCAGCUACCCACCUACUCCAACUUUUCCUGACGUACAGCGGAAUAGCUCGCGUCUUCCUCAAUGCCCAUUUGGAUCGCGACAUUGGCAAAGAUAUCCAACACGCCGCGUUUCAAAGUGUGGAUCAUAAAUAUAUUAAAUCAGGGAAGACAAAUAUGGUGAUUGGAGUGGCAGAAAAAUAAUAGUUUGAGAUUGAAAUACUUGUACUUGUAUUUAGUUUUGGUUAUACCAAUUUAUUUUGUUUGCAUUCCAUAGUAUUUAACUUCUGGCUUUUAAUCUCAUUAUGUGGGUGUGUAUAUAAAUUAAUUUAACUAACAUAUUCCUACAUGCAGUUAUUUUUAACGAAUUUCAUGCUGGUGCAGUUUUGUAAAUAUAAUGCUAAAGAAAUCGAAUGAUGAAGUAUUACAGUUUAGAGUAUAUCAAAUGUCACAAUCUAUCCAACUUUGAAUUACAAAACAUAAUAAAUGUACUCACACAUCUUAUAUUAUAUUGCACAUAGCUCAUGUGUAAACCUAUAUUCGCGAGAUGCAUAAAUUUAUCUACUCAAAUCUAAUUAUUAUUUCUAUGUUAGGAUACAAAUAUAUAAUUUGUGUUUGAAAUAAUCAGGGUAACACGAAAAGCAACUUGACAAAUAUUUACCAUGCAUAUACAAUACUAUGUUUCUCGGUUAAGAUACAGAUCAAUACAACAUUGAACGAAAAAUGAAA